AUGGUUCCAGGACUCGGGGUCUUUGCUGUGAUCCAAGAGCAAUUCCACAGCAAAGAAGAGGCGGUUUCGGUUCGAAGACCUGUCUUCCAGAUGGACCUCGGUGUGCUGUGGCUGGAGGACGUCCAGUCUCCCAACGAGAUUGUCCCUGACUGUGUCAAGAUUGAGCCGCUGAACUACCGGCAGCUAGCGCGAGCCACCGCCUUCCCGCUGCACGUGGUGCAGCUCUGUGUGCAAGAGACCAUCCUCUUGUACUGCCACUUCCUGAAGAACAAGGUGCACAUCUCGUUCGCCUUCAAGCACUUGCGCGUUCUGACGUGCAAAGAUGACUUCCUCUGCAUGAGGUUCUACUACAACUGCAUUGCUAUGCUGGAGAGCAAUGCAAGACCGAUUGCAGCACUCCACAGCGUAAGUUGAGGUUUUGAGGGUGUGCCAUCAGAUCACGGCUGGCCUGCCUGGAUGUGGUAGGCCGGUCCAAUGCCUUUCCCAGUGCUUGCCCCCACGGCUUUCUCCACUGGCCAAAGAGAUUUCCUGGAUCCCUGCUCCUGCAGAAAGCCUGGCAGUGUUCUUGCACGGCCUCACUAUUUUGCCAUCCAGCUCCUUCAGAACAAAGGUCUGAUGUUCAUGGAAGAGGCUUUGGUGGAGAGCAGCUUUCUUUUGGCACAGGAGACAGGCUUGCUUCCUGUCAACAAGAGCCAUGGAAAAACUGCCUUGGCAAGCCUCCAGCAGGUCUGUGUCCCUUUGCAGAGAAUUUGGCCGGAACAUUCUGCUGACUUCAGCCCAGAAACCACCGCUCACGGGAUCCAGGUGUUCCCGAGGUGAGUGCGUUUCCUCUGCAGCCCUUAGCUGAGCAGGUGAGAGGCUUCCUUCCCACCUCCUCCUUUGGAACGUGUCCUGUUGGGUCUCCAUGCUCAGCAGCCAUUCGGGGAGAAAUCCUGAGAAGUCUGGCUCCUGGUUCACUACUGCUGCC